CAAAACUCGGGUCUAGGCUUUUCUCGUUAAACGAAGGGUUGCAAGGAAAUUGGUUUCUUACAUUCAAAUUGAUAUAAAUCUCAGCUACAAAUCAUGAUGGAAGAAGAUGAAGCAGCAGCAGCUGAACCAGCACCAACCAAGACACACCUGAUACUGCUAUUGCUCGAAUCCAAGUUCCGUUUUUCAUAGCGGCAACCGUACUUAUAUGCACUUCCUGCUAAAGAAUCUUCGUGGUGCGCACAGAGCUUCGUUUUCCCAUUACUCCUAUCUGAUUGACCAGUGUUUAACGUCUAGAUCUGUUCAUAUUGCGAAAACAAUCCACGCUCAAUUGCUAAAGCUUGGCCUUAACAACAAUACUUUUCUGGGUAAUCGCUGUCUUCAGCUAUACGCGUUAUUUGGUCCCGUUCAUGAAUUUUUUAGAGUAUUUGGUGAUAUCAAAGAGAAGAAUAUUGUAUCUUGGAACAUAUGCUUGAAGGGGUUGUUUAGAUUUGGUUAUGUCAAUGGUGCACGCAAUCUGUUCGAUGAAAUGCCUGAGAGGGACAUUGUUUCUUGGAAUUGCAUGAUGUCUGGCUGCGUUUCUUCUGGGUUUGCUAAUAAGGCUAUGGAUGUGUUUCUGGAGAUGCAGGAUGCUGGUUUUAGACCAAGUGAAUAUACGUUUUCCAUUAUGCUUUCGGUCGUGUCGUGUCCUAUUCAUGGCAAGCAAAUUCAUGGCAGUAUGAUUCGAAGUGGCAUUGAUGUGUCAAAUGUGGUUCUUGGGAAUUCAUUGAUUGAUAUGUAUGGAAAAUUUGGCCUUGUUGAUUAUAUGUUUGUCAUGUUUUAUAGUAUGGAAAAGGUGGAUAUUAUCUCUUGGAACUCUUUGAUUUUGGGCUGCCACAGAUCAGGCUUUAGAGUAUUGGCACUAAAUCAGUUCUAUCUUAUGAGAGCCACUGGGCACUCUCCUGAUCAGUUCACUGUAUCAAUAAUGAUAAGUUUAUGUUCUUUCCUCCAAGAAUUGGAACUGGGUAAGCAAUUUCUUGCUUUCUGUUUCAAGAUGGGAUUUACUUCUAACAGCAUUGUACUUAGUGCUGCUAUUGACUUGUUUUCCAAAUGCAACAGCUUGAGGGAUGCAAUGCAGCUUUUUGAAGAAGCCAAUCAAUGGGAUCAAGCUCUUUGUGAUGCCAUGAUCUCAAGUUUGGCAUGGCAUGGUCAUUGGAGGGAUUCCAUGUGGCUUUUUGUGUAUGCCUUAAGGGAGAACCUCAGGCCAACAGGGAUUACACUCAGCAGUGUCCUGAGCUCCAUUUCAGUCUUCACACCUCUGGACUUAGGUAGUCAAAUUCAUAAUUUGGUUCUUAAGUUGGGUUUUGAGUCUGAUACCGUCGUCACUAGUUCGCUCGUCGACAUGUAUGCUAAAAUUGGAUUAAUUGAUAACGCCAUGAAAGUCUUCACGGAUAUGCCUUCGAGAGAUUUAAUAUCUUGGAACACUAUGAUUAUGGGUCUGGUUAACAAUGGUAAAUACUUUGAGGCCUUGGGCACACUUGAAAAUUUGGUUAGGGAAGGUGUAGUGGCAGAUAGGAUAACACUAGCUGGAGUUUUAUUAGCUUGCAGCCAUGCUGGUUUUGUUGAUGAAGGGCUAAACAUCUUCUGUACAAUGGAAAAUGAACAUGGAGUCGUACCGACGAACGAGCAUUAUACUUGUGUGGUGGACUUACUGAGUCGGGCUGGUAAAUUCAAAGAAGCAGUUAAUAUCAUCGAAACAACAUCGUGCCAACCUACUUCUACGUUUUGGAUAUCACUACUAGAUGCCUGUGCUAUUCAUGGAGACAUGAACAGCAUUGAAAGAGUUGCGGAGAGGGUGAUGAAGCUGGAACCUCAAUCAUCCUUACCGUAUUCGGUGCUGGCUCGAGUAUACGCAGCGAGAGGCCGAUGGGAAAGCACUGUUCGUGUCAGGAAGGCCAUGGAGAAUAUAGCUGCACAGAAGGUGAAGGCUUGCAGCUGGGUUGUGAUCAAAGAUCAUGUGUAUGCUUUCCAGGAUGACCGGUUGCAGCAUCUGCGAGGAGAAAGUUUGAUUUCUGCGUUGGAGCUGAUUGUUUGGGAGGUGGAAUAUGGGAAUGAACACAAACAGUAUGUUUAACGAACGAUUCAUUGGAAAUGGUUUGUGAUAUUGAUGAUCUGAAUUAUAAACAUAGAAAUGAUAGAGCCUAGAGGAUUUGUUUA